GGGAGGGGAGAGCGCGGGGAACGCCAGGCGGAACUCAAGCGCGAGGGCAUCUCAAGCCAGAGGAAGGCAAACAGUGCGACGCUGCUGUCGAGCGGGAGCCAUGGCAACGGCAGCGGCCUACGAACGAGGCUGAGUGUUAAAGAUCCGUGGACCGGCACUUUUCCAUUAACCCCCCUGAGACGAAUUCAUUUCACAAUGAAUAUUUUCAGCUUAGCUGGGCAGACUGCUCGAAGAGGUGCGUAGUGGAGCAGAUGGAGGCCAGCAGAGACUGCAGCCGCUCCAUUCCAGAUUAUUCAGAGGAUACAUUUGCGUCUUUCAGUGAAGAAGAGGGGGGAAGCUACAGGCAGUACGAGAAUGAAUCAUUUGAAUCUUAUUACUCUGGAGAGGAGCCGGAAGGGUCCACUGGGUCGGAUCAGUCUGAAGACACAUGGCAGCCUUCGAGCCAGAACAAUGAAGAACAAGAGCCAGAUUUUUUGGAUCCUAACGUGUCAGAAAAGGGUCCGAUUCGAAAGUGGAUCAACCAUCUGAAAGAUGUCAGACCUAGCACUCAGCUUGCUGGAUGUACCAGUAAACCAGGAAAUGCAUUGAUCAAAACGACUGAGGUACCUGAAGAGGAGCUGAAGGCUGUACAGUCUUUUUGUGCCGUCAAGAUUAACCGGCUCAGUCACCUGCCAAGCUCAGAGCUUCCAAAGAGGCACAAGCAGAACCAUUGGAAGCCUGGAUUCACUUCAGAGAAGCUCCUGAGGCAUGAGGUGAACUGGAUUGUUCCGAAUCGGCUGGUGAACAGGCUGCAGUUGAAAAAUUUCCAGGGGGCCAUGAAGCAGUUAGCAGAAACUGAAAUGCACCAACCGUUGCACUGCCCUGAGUGUGAGAAGAAAAGAGCAGAGUUGGCCAGAGAGACUUUUCUGAGGCAAAAGAGAACUUUAAUGGAAGGGGUUUUGCUUCAAGCCAAACUGGAAGAACACAUCUACACCAAAGAUGCUCUUGUCCUCAUUGGCGAAAUCCACCAGAGUCUUCCUAAGCUUUCUGAGGAUCCUGGAAACGUUUGGCAGAAACUGAAUGAGAGACCUCUACAAGUCUAGAGCAUGGCUCUGCUGGGACCAUAACCGAAGUGAAAGGUGCACAUAAAGUCCAAUUCACCUGUAUGGAGCCAUGAAGAGUAUCGCCUUCUGAUACCGACAAGCCGGUCUGUGAUCAAAGAUGCCCCUUGUCGAUUGGCUCCAGGUCUAGAAUCCAACUCUGGCUCCCAUCCCAGCGUGCGCAGAGCAAAGUGCUGCCGCUUUAAUUAAAUACAUUUUUCAGAUUACAGAAGGUGACUUUUUUAUUAUAACUCCUGACAAGCCAUUAAGUAUUGCUUUUGUGAAAUUUCAUUUGGGGAUUGGGCGCCGAUCACAGCUGCUCCGACUUGCAAAGAAAACAAAUGGCUCUGUUUUUCAAGACAGGAAGGUGUAAUGAUUGGGUGUCAGUGCAAUCUGUUCCCGCUGCUGCUUGCUAAAUUGAAAGCUGGAGUCCCGGGUAGAGGAAUGAGACAGCAGACGGCAAAGGAACAGCCGUGGAGGCACAGCGGAGUGCUUUUUGUAGUGCUGAUGGCAGCGAGGAUACGACCUGGAAUCGAUCCACGAAGCUGAGGACCCCGAGGCGACAAGCAGUGAUAUUAAAUUAGUAAUGUCGGAUUGUGAGUACAGGGGUAAAGAUAGAAGUAAGUAGCUGAUAAAGUUUUAGUGCGCUGUCCAAA